CGUCAGUGAUUCCUACCCUGGGAACUACAGUCAGCUGCAGCACACCAGCAGAGCCUUCCAGGCACCACAAGUACUCACAGAUUCAGAGAAACACCUUGCAAAACCUGACUGCACUGCUCUAUCCUUCCAGUUCCAUUUGGAUUGUGCAUUAAGAUAACAGCAAACAAAAAUCCCUGCUGAACUGAAGUGACUGGAAACAGGGAAAAAGUGGCAGUGUGAUAUUGUCAUGUGAUUUGGUGCUGCCAUUGACAGAAGACUCAGUAUUUGGGAUUGGACCUGGCUGCCAAAUCUGGGACUCUUGCAUGUGAGUUAAAUUAGUGUCUUGAGAGAAACCUUCAUAAAGGGCUAAAUAAACAAGGUCUACAUAUACAGAAAUUUCUUCCUUUUGCUGCAUUUGAGACACAGCUAAACUCUUCUGUCUGGAAAUCUGAAGACUUUUAUAGCAAAUCCUCCAGUGUCAAAAUGAACACAGAUAGCGGCGGGUGUGCUCGCAAACGCGCUGCAAUGUCUGUCACAUUAACAGCUGUGAAGAGGGUUCAGAGUUCUCCAAACCUAUUGGCCUCAGGGUCUGAUUCUCAGUCUCUAGAUUCAGCUUGGCGAUCUUACAACAAUGGCAGUAGAGAGACCCUGAAUGGAGACGCUAGCAGUUCAUCUCUCUCAGCAAAAGGUUUUAGGAGCGUGCGGCCAAAUCUGCAGGAUAAAAAAUCUCCAACUCAGGCACCUCUGCCACCUCCUAGAAAAGAAAGCUUUCGGAAAGCAAGAGUAACUAAUCACGAGAACGAAAUUAAUCUGCAGGCAGUAACUGCUGGUCCAGCUAAACACCACCCCACAGACACUGCCUAUUACACUAGUGAGACAUCUGUUCAGGAGACAAUGACUUCUCAAAUGUCUAACACAAGUGUGUCCUAUGCACAAAAAAUCAUUAAACCACUGACCUCAAUCUCCAGUGCAGACACAGGCACAGUAGCUGGCAUUAGCACUACUCUCCAUCAAGGCCAAAGGCAGCAGGCUCAGAAACGUAAAAUAUCUACCCUGAAAUUAACCCGGGCACGUGACCCAGCCAGUAGCAUUCCUUGUAAUUCACAGCCACAGCUCAAGCCUGUUGAAGAGCCAGUGUUUUCCCAAAGGCCUGUGUCACCUGCCUGUAACCCCAUGCCUGAGAUACACACAGCCUCUCUUUCCGUUCAAAUAGUUCCCACCCCUGACCAUAAAGCAGAGCCUGAAAUCCAAGAUCAUCCACCUAGUAUUUCUCCAGACACUUCAAAGAUGUCUUCAAAGGAUUUGGGACAAAAGUCUACAGUUCUUCCUUCUUCACAGGCUGCAGAAUGCCAUGUGCUUGGAAACCAGAAAGUAACUGCCCCUGUGAUGGAGGUAAAUGCUUCACAGACACACAGACAAACAGCAACAGAAGCUUCUCCACUGCCUCUUCCUCCUCCUGUGGUACCAGUUAACAGAUCCUCUUUCUCACCAGACAGUGGCACCCACCUAGUUCCGUACUCUUUGCCAGCGCUCGAUGAUUUGUUGCCUUCCCGCUCGUGUAGAGGCGCAGCCCCGUCCCCGCUCCCGUCCCCGUCCCUGUUCCCGCUCCCGUUCCCGCUCCCGCUCCCGUUCCCGGCUGCCGGCAGCGCUGCCCGCGGGACCCCGGCGGCCUCGGGGAGCGCAGGCUGUGCCCUGAGCGAGUGCUCCUCCCGCACGGCCAGCGAGUGCUCCACUGCCAUCCUAGAUGAGCUGCAGACUUGCAGCUAUGACACCACUGACCGCUCUGAAACACCUUCCCCAACCCUGAGCCAGAUGUCUGCUGUGUCAGAUGGCACCGCCCUAACCAACACUGCUGCCACUUCUCAUGCUCAGAUCACAGUGAAUGGGAAUUCUGGCACUGCUGCCAGCCCAGUGAGUCACUUUCAAAGGCCUUUUUCCCCUUCUUCAGCUUACUCUCCACCAGCUUCACUCAAUUCCAACAUUGUUAUCAUGCAGCAUGGCAGGAUGAUGGAGUCCACAGAGACAUACUCACAGCAUGUUCAGAAUGUUGGCAGCACCACCACCACCAGUACAAUACCAAUCUGUAGAACCUCAGAAGAAGAAAAAAAAAUUACAGUAAUUAAAGCUCCACAUUAUGCAGGGAUUGGCCCGGUAGAUGAAUCUGGAAUCCCUACAGCAAUUAGAACGACAGUUGACAGGCCAAAGGAUUGGUACAAGACAAUGUUCAAGCAAAUCCAUAUGGUUCAUAAGCCUGAUGACGACACAGACUUGUAUAAUACUGCAUAUGCAUACAAUACUGGUAGCUACAGUCCAUCCUUCUCUGCUCAGGCACACCCAGCUGCAAAGACACAGACAUACAGACCUCUGUCCAAAAGUGCUUCUGACAGUGGCUCUGAUGCCUUCAAGGUCUCGUCCCCUUUGCCCCCCCACGUGCCACCGGUACCACCACAUCGUAUGAGGCAGCGGUCUACACCAGAAAAGAACGACUGGGAUCCUCCUGACAGGAAGGUUGACACUCGCAAGUUCCGUUCUGAACCAAGAAGUAUUUUUGAGUAUGAGCCAGGAAAGUCAUCAAUCCUUGAACACGAGAGACCGACUGAUCGCAUAAACCCAGAUGACAUAGAUUUAGAAAACGAACCCUGGUAUAAAUUCUUUUCAGAGCUGGAGUUUGGACGUCCGCCACCUAAAAAGCUUUUGGACUAUGUUCAAGACAGUUCUUCUGGUGUUUCCAAUGAGGCUUCCUUAUAUCAUCACUAUUCAACAGACAGAGGCCUGGACAGGCCCUCCAGUUCUGCAAGUACGGCGAGUGACUACAGAAAGCGCAGGAAGUCCGAGCCUGCUGUGAGCCAUCCGCGGGCACACAGCGAUCAGAACGCAAACAGACCCAACCUGGGCCGCACAGACACGCAGGGCUCAUGUUCCACCCUUAGGAAGCCUUUAACUAGCUCAUCUCCUUCUUCUCCAUCAAGAGCAAAAGGUGGGGAUAUUAGCAAAGUAUAUCCAUCCCUUUUAAGUUACUCAGUGCACAACCACAACACCUCAAAUGAAUUAGAUUACUGUAGCACUUACAGACAACAUUUAGCUGUUCCAAAUGAUUCAAGAAGGGCAACAAGCUACAAGAAUGGCUGGCAAAUGACUCGCCAAAAUGCAGAAGUCUGGAGCAGCACAGAGGAAGCUGCCUCUCCAAAGAGGAAAUCUCGUAGCUGCGAUGACCUGUUAAAUGAUGACCGCGAUAGCUAUCCCGAUGCACAGGCCAAGGCUGAAAGCAUGGGCUCUCUCCUCUGUGAGGAGGACUCCAAAGAAAUGUGCUCAAUGAACUGGAACUCCCCAUAUGUUGAGGGCCGUGCUAGUGGUAGGUCAAGAGUUCGUCACAGAUCUGCACACGAUGCUCCAGGGUUCCUGAAGAUGUACAAGAAGAUGCACCGCAUCAAUCGCAAGGACUUGAUGAAUUCUGAGGUGAUUUGUUCUGUCAAGUCCAGAAUACUGCAAUAUGAAAAAGAACAGCACAAAGGUAUUCUUCAGGGCUGGAGAGAGUCUUCUACUGAGGAGGUGCCCAGAGACAUGGUGCCAACCAGAAUAUCUGAAUUUGAGAAGCUAAUUCAGAAGUCAAAAUCAAUGCCGAACCUUGGCGAUGACAUGUUGUCAACUGUUACAUUAGAGCCUCCUAAAAAUGGCUUGUGUCCAAAGAGGCGAUUUUCUAUUGAAUCCCUGCUGGAAGAAGAAACUCCAGUCAGACAUCCCUCUCAGGUACAACGGAGCUACAAGUCUAAAGCCCUGGUGCCAAUUCAUAUUGAAGUGACCAGUGAUGAGCCACAACGAUCACACAUAGAUUUUUCAGACAGUGAUCAAGACGGAGUGGUUUCUGAUCUCAGUGACUUUAUCCAGAUAGAGGGUUCAUCCUUUUGUAGUGAAAGUGACUUUGAUCACUUUUCUUUCACUUCAUCUGAAAGCUUUUAUGGGUCAGGCCAUCACCACCACCACCAUCACCACCACCACAGGCAUCUCAUCAGCUCCUGCAAAGGGCGGUGCCCAGCAUCCUACACCCGCUUCACUACCAUGCUGAAACAUGAAAGGGCUAAGCAAGAAACCACUGAGGAUCCAAGGAGACAGGAAGCAGAAUCUGGCCUGUCUAAGAUAGCAUUCCUCGUCAGUCCAGUGCCUUUCCGGAGGAAAAAAAGUGCAGCUCCUAAAAAACAAACUGAAAAGAAAAAAUGCAAGUCAUCUGUAUUUGAAGCACUAGAUUCUGCACUUAAAGACAUCUGUGACCAAAUUAAAGCUGAAAAAAGGCGGGGAAGCUUGCCCGACAACAGUAUAUUACACAGACUUAUUUCUGAGCUGCUUCCAGACAUUCCAGAAAGGAAUUCAUCUCUUAGAGCUCUGAAAAAGAGUCCCACGCACCAGCCUUUUCAUCCACUGCCUCAAGAUGGUGCUAUCCAUUGUCCACUGUACCAGAAUGAUUGUGGAAGAUUACCUCUUAGUGCCUCUUUUCCAGACAUGGAUGCAACUAACAACAAUGAUAGUGCACUGUGUUUCCAAGACCAGGAGUCUCCUGGAAGCUAUUCUUCUGCUUUCACUGAUGUGGGACGAUGUACUCCAAGGGAGAGAAGAGGAACUACAGACAAAGAGAAACUGCCAGCUAGAGCUGUAUAUGACUUUAAAGCUCAAACAUCUAAAGAGCUGUCCUUUAAGAAAGGAGAUACUGUCUAUAUCCUCAGGAAAAUUGAUCAAAACUGGUAUGAGGGUGAGCACCAUGGAAGAGUUGGAAUAUUCCCAAUUUCUUAUGUUGAGAAACUUUCUCCCCCAGAAAAAGCACAGCCUGCCAGGCCACCUCCCCCUGCACAGAUUGGAGAGAUUGGAGAAGCUGUUGCCAAAUAUAAUUUCAGCGCAGACACAAAUGUGGAAUUAUCACUUAGAAAGGGAGACAGAGUAAUUCUUCUUAAGCGAGUUGAUCAAAACUGGUAUGAAGGUAAAAUACCAGGAACCAACAAGCAAGGCAUCUUCCCUGUUUCCUAUGUAGAAGUCAUCAAAAAGAAUCCAUCAAAAAGUGUUGAUGACUAUCCUGACCCUCCAAUACCCCAAAGCUAUUCUAGUGACAGAAUACAUCAAUUAAGUUCCACUAAGCCACAGCGCCCUGUGCUUUCUCAUGAAAAUAUACACAGUGGGGGGGAACCGUUUCAGGCUCUAUAUAACUAUACUCCUAGGAAUGAAGAUGAAUUGGAGCUCAGAGAGGGAGAUGUCAUUGAUGUGAUGGAAAAAUGUGAUGAUGGAUGGUUUGUGGGAACCUCAAGAAGAACCAAAUUCUUUGGUACUUUCCCUGGAAACUAUGUCAAGAGGCUGUGAAUUUUUUUUUUUCUACUUAUUUAUGCUGCAUCUCUGCAACACAUCUGCAUAAAGCUGCUAGAAAACAUGCUACGCUGGCCUUCUGUUUUCUUGCUUGCAGUCUCCAGUAGAGGCCAUCUAGUUCAUCCUCAUCCCAUCCCACCCGCCAAACCGUUCCAGCAGUAUUACAGCAACGACCACAAUGUGAAUAACUAAGCUUUUCUGAGACAAGAGGAAUCAUUUCAACAUUUAAAUACUCCCUGCUUUAAAGUCUUUUCAUGUGAAACACAAUAGGAAAAGCCUGAUGACAGGUACACAGAGGAGUUGCCAUGGGGGGUUGGGGGGAUGGGGGAAAAAUUAUUCUUGGUUUGAACAUUUGUGGUACUACCAUGAAGUCUGGUGGGAUUUUUUCAGCAUGCAUGUAAUACAGAGGAAAGUUGCUGUUUACUAUUUUUUAAAAAAUUGAUUUUACACAUUCUUAUUAGCUUGGCAGCAUUUGUUGCUUCCACAUUGCUGUGUCACGGGUUUGCCUAUUGUACUGGUUUACAAUGUAUGACAAACUAUAAUAUAGAUUUUUUUGCCUGCACUUGUAUGCUGUAACAAAUGCACAGUGAUUGUAAAAUCUCAAGCAAGCAAAGUGAAAAAUGGAAGAACUGCAAGUGUUCUGAACGGGUGCAAUGGUAUUGGCUAAAACUUUUUUCUUUUUUUUUCCCUAAUGAAAAACUAUAGUGAAUUUGUAGUGUUUUCUGUUAAAAGGUAAGAAGUGCAAAAGGCACAAAGACUUGGGAAAGAGGAUUUAAGGAAGAGCAAGACAAUGCUGUAAGCAUAGACAAUAAUAACCUGCUAUUGAUGUCUGAUAUUAAAUGGUUGUAAUCAAAAUGUUGUAAUAGUAAGCAACACAAAGUGUAAGAGGUUAGUGUUUUUACUUAUCAGGAAAUUAAAGAAGCAGGAACAGUGUUAGUGCAAAGGUUUGUUGGGUUUUGGUUUUUUUCUUCCCUAACAUAGCCACCUGAAAAAUAUUCACAAGCAUCAUGUACUGAUUUAUUUCACUAUAUAUGUGUAUGUAUGUUAAUGAAACCCAAGUUACACAUUCUUUUUAGGAAUUUAGACAGAAAAAAAGUCACAAGUAUUAAAAACUGAUAUAUUUUAGAGGUGUUGGGUUUUGGUUUUUUGUCUGAAUGAACAAGUGUUUGAAAACAUACAUUUUCCAUAAGCGAAGUUAAAUAGCAAAUGAAAUUAAGGCACAGGAUGAUAAUGACUAUGGCUUUAUAAAAACAAAAAUUCAGAUUUGGUUCCUUUGGCACCUUAUAGAUGGCAAAAAGCUUCUGCUGCAUUUUUCAUGGGUAAAGGAUCAAAAUUAUCAAAAUGUAUCUAGUCUCUGUAGCAUUUUGUACAUAAUUUUGCGUUUUUGUACAGAGCCAUUUGGUUGUUGAUUUUUAAAAAAUUAAGUUUCUUAUUUGCCCUCUUCACAUACAGAACAUUUCAAUGUGUUUUUCUUUUCUUGCUCUGUUUACCAUAAGCACAUCUGGAUAGUGCAAUUCUGUAAGAUAGCAUUUUAUGCAAAAUUUUAUUAAUUAAAAUAUGGUUUACCAGCCAAAUCUAAAUGUACAUAUGUCUUUAUUACUGAGAAAGGUCAUUAAGGUAAAGGUAAAGAAACAUCUUUGUGCAGCAUACCUUUAUUAUUGCAGAUUUCAUGGCAAAAGCUUUAUAUUCAAAGGCUUUCAAUUUUAAACUAGAUCUGCAUGCAGCUUUGCUGUGAGAUUAAUACUAUCUUUGAUGCCAUUUAUGAUUGAGGACUUAAAUAUCUGUUGCCUGUGAUAUUUAAAAAGUACUGUUUCUACUCUGUAUCUGAUUUUAGAAAAAUGCAGGUUUUUCAUACCUGGCUUUCAGGUAACUGACUUUGAAUUCCUACAAGCAAAAGGUCUCUGUGGUUUUUUUUCUUGAAUAGACUUCUAAUAAAUUUUGCUUGGAGUACAAAA